GCAAGGCGCAGGCGCGCGGCUCUCGGCGGCACGCUAGACGCCGGCUGCGGGACGCGGCGGACCGCUGAGGUGCGGACCAGAGGUGAUGGAGCCGCCGAAGGUGGAAAAGUUCAGUACGGCCAACAGGGGAAACGGGCUGCGCGCCUUGGCGCAGCUGCGUCCCGGAGAGCUGCUCUUCCGCUCGGAUCCCUUGGCGUACACGGUGUGCAAGGGGAGUCGUGGCGUCGUCUGCGACCGCUGCCUCCUCGGGAAGGAAAAGCUGAUGCGAUGUUCUCAAUGCCGAGUUGCAAAAUACUGUAGUGCUAAGUGUCAGAAAAAAGCUUGGCCGGACCAUAAGCGAGAAUGCAAAUGCCUUAAAAGCUGCAAACCCAGGUAUCCCCCGGAUUCCGUUCGACUGCUUGGCAGAGUUGUUUUCAAACUUAUGGAAGAGACACCGUCUGAAUCAGAGAAACUUUACUCAUUUUAUGAUCUGGAGUCAAAUAUUAACAAACUGACUGAAGAGAAGAAAGAGGGCCUCAGGCAACUUGUAAUGACAUUUCAACAUUUCAUGAGAGAAGAAAUUCAGGAUGCUUCUCAGCUGCCACUUCCCUUUGACAUUUUUGAAGCUUUUGCAAAAUGGCAUCGAAUUAACCAGAGAGGAGUGGACACCCCAGUGUGUACUGCCCACAGCCCACUGUCAGGUGCAGUUCCAGGCUGCCCUGCCUUUCUCAACCUCAUGCACCGGUUUUCCAGUUUAUGCUUUGAAGAAGGCUGGCUUUGCCUGGCCCCAAUACAGAAAAUCCAGGUGAUCUGCAAUGCCUUCACCAUCUGUAACGCGGAGAUGCAGGAAGUUGGUGUUGGCCUGUAUCCAAGUAUGUCUUUGCUCAAUCACAGCUGUGACCCCAAUUGUUCCAUUGUGUUCAAUGGGCCCCACCUCUUACUGCGAGCAGUCCGGGACAUUGAGGCCGGAGAGGAGCUCACCAUCUGCUACCUGGAUAUGCUGAUGACCAGUGAGGAGCGCCGGAAACAGCUGAGGGACCAGUACUGUUUCGAAUGUGACUGUUUCCGAUGCCAAACCCAAGACAAGGAUGCUGAUAUGCUCACUGGUGAUGAGCAAGUAUGGAAGGAAGUUCAAGAAUCCUUGAAAAAAAUUGAAGAACUGAAGGCACAUUGGAAGUGGGAACAGGUGCUGGCCACGUGCCAGGCGGUCAUCAGCGGCAACGCGGAGCGCCUUCCCGACAUCAACAUCUACCAGCUGAAGGUGCUCGACUGCGCCAUGGACGCUUGCAUCAACCUCGGGCUGCUGGAGGAGGCCUUGUUCUACGGGAUCCGGACCAUGGAGCCAUACAGGAUUUUUUUCCCCGGAAGCCAUCCCGUCAGAGGGGUGCAGGUGAUGAAAGUGGGCAAACUACAGUUGCACCAAGGCAUGUUUCCCCAGGCGAUGAAAAACCUCAGACUGGCUUUUGAUAUUAUGAGAGUGACCCACGGCAGAGAGCACAGCCUGAUUGAAGAUCUGAUCCUACUUUUAGAAGAAUGUGACGCCAACAUAAGAGCAUCCUAAGGGGCCCAGGAAGGAUGGCUUCUACCCUUCCUGAAUGCCUCACAGAGGUCACACACCCUACACUGUUGUGUGAGCCUCCCUACUGGGAAUGCGAUUCUCUGUGCAUGUAGGUAAACAAAGGCAGACAUUCCGUGUGCAAGCUACAAGAAUCAUUAGUUGUAGAAAAGCACAAUUAUAAUAAAUAUUAAAAAUUUGUUUGAAAAUGCCGUCUGGUAAUCGUUUGCUUCCUCACUGGUGACUUCAAUGUUUAAGAUCUCAACAUUAAGGAUAGAACAAGUUGUAACUUUCUCCUUGGAUAUCUGGGGGGAUAAUUGGAUUAAAAAUCAAUGUUUUCACAGCCAAAAGCUUUUUGUCCAUUUUGUCAAGAAAACAAGAUUUUCAGAUGUUUUCUUUACUAUUUGUGGUAAGUGACGUGUAUAUCCCUAUUUACUCCCAAAUACAUCUCUAAUACAAAAAAUGGUGUCUCGAAUCCUGGAAAGAAGUCAUCUUAGGUGUUAUUAGAAAAGUUACUAGAGUCUUAAUGGAAAAGGAAAAAGAAAUGUUUUCUCAAAUGUCUUGCAGCUCUGUGUAACUCUCGCUUCUGCGCAUUUUGUCCCGUUUCGUGCAUGUCAUGCUUUUUCUGUUCUUGGAGUUUUUUUCUAGUAACUUCCCUACAUCUGUGGCCUGACCAUGUGACAUGCGUGCCCCAAAGCUCCGUUUUCCUGCAUCCCAGCUCAAAACGGAUGUCUUCUUCCUCUCCACCUGCUUUUCUACCUUUCUGCAUUCUUCAAAUUCCGAGAAACUUUUCCUCUGGGGGGAAAAGGGGGUGACUUCUUCUCUGGCUCCAUGAUCCUGUGAGCAGUUUCGUCCCUCCUGCUUAGAUGGGCUCGGGCAGUCAGUACGGUAAUGAGGGGGCUCCAGUCACCCACACCCGAUUUUACAAGCAAGGAAAGGAUGUACUUACUGGGGGUGGUGUCCUGUUCCCCAGUCCCGGGGAUCCUCCCGCCUUCACAGGAGCCAUGUGGCCACCCCGGGCACAGGCCACUGUCAGGGUGACCCACGGAGGCCUGCUCGAGCCAGGAGGAGCCAGCCUUGCUUGGCAGCAGAGAAGGCUGACUGCCGGAAGCUGGAGCUGAUGUGCCAAACGCCUGGCGAUCGCUUUGAUCGUGGAAGUGAGCACGACAUCUGGCACGCUGGUACCUUCCACAGGCUGUCAGCGGGCUUCUGCUGGCCCAGGCGUGGCUGACCAUGGCCGGGUACACUCAUGGCCUGCAGUUGCCGGUAGGUCAGCUGGGAAAGGAGGGUGAUGGGGUCACGCAGCCACGGGUUGGCCCCGCCACGUUCAUGUGGCAGAAGCGUUCUAGGAAAAGAAAGUAGCCAGGCCUUCCCACGUCUGCUGGCGUUGCAUUUGCCAAUAUCCCGUGGGCCAAAGCCAUGCACAAGGCCAGCCCAGAAUCGAGGGUGGGUAGCCUUCUCACAGUCAUCCUAUGGCAAAGUCAUGGGAUUAUGGAGAGGAAGGCAAUCCACAUAGCAGUCCCAUGUUGGUGUUCCAGAACAUUCAAUGAAUUGGGUGAAUUCACAGAUCUUCUUUCUAGAAAACCAUAGCCACCCAAACCAUUUGCUCUUAGGAUCAGGGACUCUUGAAGUGGUCCAUCAGUGGACUCCCUGGAGUCCUUCGUCUAACGAGAAGGAGACUUGCUACCUUUCACAAUCACAUACAGGAAUGACACUGGAUAAUCAUUUUAAAUUCAUUAGGGAAAGAAAAAAGCCAUAACAGAAGGCAGGGGUUGUCACUCACAGGCCAAAUGAGCGGGGUUCACUGCUAGAACCCUGUGUUGGCCAAUUUUCGGAGUGAAAUUUAUCAGUCAGCAACAAUCCCUGAUAAAGCGAUUUGCCCUCACGCCUCCUAGAGAAAGUGUGACAGGCUUUGCAAUCCCUCUCCGCUCACGUCCUGUUGUCUAAGAGAAGGUUCUCUUAGGAGGGAGGGGCUUGGCUUGCCUCAGCCUCUAAUAGAAAGCAAACAUUCAGGCAAUGGUAAACAUUUACCGAGCAUCUUUAUAGCAAAAUAAUUUGGGGGACGAGGGAAGGGGACAGGGAGUGUAGUGUUAAAUCUGUGUCCCCCGUGGCUGACGAUUUAUGGCUGCCCCAGCCUCCAUGACUGAGAUUUCAUUAAUCCACAGUCAUCGUAGCGGCAGGCUUUUUGCACAUCAGUAACCUGACGCCAUUAGUCGCUCCUCUGGGAUGAGAACACAUUUAAACUGAAAAUGAACACACUGGGCAUAAUUUAUAGCCGGGCCGUAUGAAUGCCAAGCGUGCAGGGAAGAAGGCUGCCUGGGAAGCCAGCUCACUAUGGGAGCUCAGGGCCGGCUUCCUCCAGCCAGGCCAGAAUGCUGGGCAGCAGAGAGGGUGGCCCAUGCCAUACGAGGCCACAUGGCCACAGACCACAGAGCCCCCCGCCCCCCCCGGGUCCAGCUUCACUGCAGGGGUGACAGAGGAAGGCAUAUGGGGAGCCUGCCCUGGAGUCAGGUCUGGAGAAUUCUCCUCUGGCCCAAUCAGGAAGCGAUGUUACACUCAGUGAGAGGAGCCCACUGGGAUUCCACAGGGAGAAGAUUCUGGGCAUUAUCUUCGGAGCAUCAUAAAACCCUCUGACAAGCAAUCAUCGGCAGAAGCUCCAGGAACACACUGGAGCCCUCCUUUUACCUAAGGUCUGUAAGAGAUCAGACGGGGGGAGAAGGGCCAGCAACACCACCACCCCCGGCAUGGGACGUUCCCCUAACCUUUCAAGGUUUGGAAGCGUCAGAAUGCUAUGGUCUCACGAUGAACUUUUCAAAGCCAGUUCGGAACAUCAGAGACCAGUUCUCUGCCCUGCAUAUUCAGCUCCGUGCUACCAUCAUCCUUCCAGCUCUUCAGCACAGAAACUCAGAGUCCCCGACCCUCUCCUGUGACAAAGGAAUAAGUUCUAUCAGUCCUUCAAAGUGCUUUUUUUUAUUUUGGCCAUUUUUAUUCCUUAUCUGUUCCCGGGCUCUUUGCAGGCCCCAGCACCUCGUUCCUCACCCCUGCAAAGACCUCCUUACCGCUCUCACCCCUCCUUUCUCUGUCCUCCAUCAGCGCUGCCAGAGGCACCUUCCAGAAAUACCCGCCUCCUCAUCUCUUAUAACCCCUCUGGUCAAAAGCUUGCAGUGGCUCCCCAUGGCCACUAGAUUCAAAGUCUAGUCUUCAGACUGGCAUUCGUGGCCCCAAGCCACUGAUUCGUGGCUCCAAACCCCUGAAUCUUAGACUUCCUGGUCCCUGCAUGCACCAGCUACUCUAGCUGGAUCCAUACUUGCCCCCUGCCCCCCACCCUGCUUCAGUCUCCUGAAUUGUGUCCUCCUCUUCAGCAGUUCCUCAUUUGUCCAUACUGACCUAAUCCCCUUUCUUCUCCAUCUGUCUCAAUCUUACCAAUUCUCAAAGACCUAGCCUGAGCCUCCAUCCUCCUGUUUCUUUCCUUCUUUUAAUUGAAAUACGGUCUAGUCUGUAACCAUAAUUCUUCUAUGUCAUGCUCAAGUCCUCUCAGCUUUGGCUGUUGAGAUGUUCUUCAGGUUAAAUGUCUUGUGUGUUCCUAUCAUUUUGGAAACACUUUUUUACUCCGAGGUACAGCGAGAUGUUUCAGGCUCACUUUAUGCUUUCCCACUCUAGACUUCGAACUACCCGUUCUUUACGGAGCCCUGGUCUUGUUUCAUAAGGAAUGGUAUUCAGGAACCCUGAUCGCCACAUGCUGUUUGCUUAUUGCUACUAGGGUGAUGUGUCUUUCUAGACCUUUAAAAAAUCAUGAGUUCACACUGAAACUAUCAGUUAAAAUCCAAUACCCGGGGUGGUUCUGCGUUUCCCUCCUUCAUAUGCGUACCUCUCUCAGACACAUGAAAUAGGUUUGAAAUUACUACACUACAACCACUUACCCACAGCAAAGCUACGAAGUAACAUUUUUACAUUUUUUUCUAAGGUUUUAUGUCCUUAGGCAAAAAAUUGUAUUGUCACAACACCAUGUUUAAAAGUGUAAUUCUUCUUCUUAGUGUGGUUAUGUCAUCGAUUUGAUAUCCAGUUGGAUUUUUUCUAUUCAACUUUAAGGUUUUCCCCAUUACUACUUUAUGUUGGUAAAUAAAAAUCAAUAUAAAUACAUAAUACAUAUUAACAUAAAUUUUCCAAUUACAGAUAACUCCGUAAUGAAUCAUCUUGCGCAUAUAUUUUUUUGUGUGUUGCUGGAAAUGCAUCUUUAGGGUAAUUUCCCAGAAGUGGAAUUACCAAGUCAAGGGUACAUGCGUAUGUAAGUUUAUUAGGUAUUGUCAGAUUUACCUCGAGAGGGGUUGCGUAACAAUGCCUGCUUCCCCUCAGCCUUGCCACCAAGCUGGGUUUUUCAGGUGUUGAAUUGUUUGCUAAGCCGAUGCAUAUCUCAGUGUACUUUUAAUUUUCUUAUUGGUGGAGUUUGAUGUCUUCAAACAUUUAAGAGCUUUUUGUCUAAUUUUUUUGUGAACUCUAUACAGGACUUUUGUCAUUUUUCUAUCCAAUUUUAUGGUCUUUUUUCCCCUUUAGUUGUCUCUAUAUUAGGAAGUUUUUCCCUUUAACUGUAACAUUUAAUCUCUCAGUUUGUCACUCAUUUUCUGACUUUGCUUUAAUAUUUUGCCCUGAAUUCCUUUGAAUAGCAUUUUCAAAAAACAUUCCAUAAGAAAUCUACUCCAGGAUAAAGCAGGGUCCUAUUGUAAAGUUAUAGUAGCACCACCAACCUUCCCAGAUGGUCCUUGAUUCUUUAUUAUUAUUAUUAUUAUUUAUUCAAAUUCAGUUAGCCAACAGCAUUAAUUUUUGAUGUAGUGUUCAGUGAUUCCUUAGUUGCGUAUAAUAUCGCGUGAUGUGAUGAGCACUGGAUGGUCCUUGAUUCUUGGCAGUUCCUGGGUUGAGUGGAUAUUUUAAAAAAAGAUUUUUCUACUGCCCAUUCUAUGAUCUUCCUGUCCUCAGCCAGCACCUGGCCUGCUUGAGGUUCUUUACCUGACAGAACGAUUCAGUCUACCAUUCCUGAGCUGUCUGGGUACUUCGUGGUCUUGCCUUUUUGCGGUUGCCUCAGUGUUCCGUCAGACUAAUUUCCAGUUUCAAGCAGCCCCUGGUUCAGACGUGGUCCUCCUUCAUCCCACUGUAUGACAGCGAUUUGAUACUGGGAUUCGGUCCAUUCAACCAGAACAGUAGUGGGUUGCUUUGCCUGUUGAUUCAGAGACGGGACGAGUCCCAAGUGGCCAUAAGGCCAUGUCAGUUUCCACAAUGAUGGAGCCAUUGUUGUAUCCUCUGGAAGAAUCCUAUCUCCUUUAGAAACCAAGACAUACAAACUAGUAGAUCUCAAGGUCACAGGGAUAGGAAGCAAAAAUGCCACAUUAAUAACUGUAAUUGUGAGAAAGUUAUUUACAGACCCAUUUAAAGAUCAGUGGCAACCUAGCAUAUUAAAAAUAACUGUAGAAUAAAGACUGUAAGUAUCCCAGUUUUGCUUCCCACAAGUACUUUCUUAACACCUCCUGGAUGAAUUUAAUUCUCUAAUCUUUCAAAAAAUAUAUUCUAUUUUUUAUUGAAGUAUAGUUGACACACAAUAUUACAUUAGUUUCAGGUGCACAACCUAGUGAUUCAACAACUCUAUACACAUGCUGUGCUCAACACAAGUGUAGCUACGAUCCGUCACCAUACGCUAUAACAAUACCAUCAACAACGUUAUUCUGUACCUUUCAUCCCUGUGACUGACACAUUCUGUAACUGGAAACCUGCACCUCCCACCCCCCUUCACCAUUUUGCCCAUCUCCCCAUCGACCUCCCCUCUGGCAGCUACCCAUUUAUUGUCUGUAUUUAUGGGCAUUUCUACUUUUGUUCAUUUGUUUUGUGUUUUAGAUUCCACAUAUAAGUGAAAUCAUAUGGUAUUUGGGGUUUUUUGUCUGAAUUACUUCACUUGCAGUAAUACCCUCUAGGUCCAUUCAUGUUUUUGCA